ACCGGAUGUUGACUCUCGGAGCUGCAAACGUCAAACAACUUCAGCUUCAACCGCGGACAGACUGAGUCUCUGGAAACCAGAAUAAAGAGUUGUGAGGGGCGCUCCGUGUCCAACCCCUUUCCCUUUACAGACAUCCGGCCACUAUGUCCAGUGAUCCUCCGCCUCCAUACCCCGGAGGUCCCAGUUGUCCACUCAUUGAGGAGAAGAAUGGACAACCUGUUCCUUUAAGAAAUGCUCCUAUACAGGGACAGCCCUUACCUCCAGACUACGGUCCUCCACCCUAUGAGGCCACACACCCAGGCUUCCUUCCCCCACAUGUUCCUGGAGAAGGACCCAUGCCCAUGCCCAUGCCCAUGCCUCCACCAGGUGGCCUCUACCCACCUCCGCCCGGUCACUUUCCACACCCGAUGCCAGGACAGAUGGGCCCUGGUCCCAGUCACUUUGUCCACAUGGAAGGUCACACAGCGACCGUCCUGGCUCCUCCAGGAGCAGCCACCACCGUGACUGUACUGCAGGGGGAAAUGUUCCAGACCUCACCGGUGCAGACUGUCUGUCCGCACUGUCAGCAGGCAAUCGUCACCCGCAUCUCCCACGAUGUCGGCCUCAUGAACACACUCUUCUGCCUCUUCUGCUUCUUUGUAGGGUGUGAUCUCGGCUGCUGCUUGAUUCCCUGUCUGAUUGACGACCUCAAGGAUGUGACACACACCUGCCCGUACUGUAAGGGCUACAUUUACACAUACAAGCGUAUAUGCUAACCACCGACAGCUGUAUGCUACAGAGACAUGUAUAUGCACACACAUAAAAUCACAGCUCCUCCUGCUGGUAGUGACAGGCUCCCUCCCCCCCCCCCCCCAUUUUUGCAAAGUGUUGUGAAGCCCUCUUAAAUUGUAAGUGCAGUUUUCUCAUUGGUUCACAGAAUAUUUACUGUAUAUAUAUCUUUCAGCAUAAUUCUUUCAUGUAAAAAAAUGCAUUUGAAAUGUACAAAUCUCACCAAACUGCAGAAGAUGUAGGACACUUAAACAUCCACAGAGAUGGGUAAGAUGGGUGCGUCUGAUCCUGUAUGGAAACCCGGAGAAAAGGCUUGUGAUGCAUGUUUAUGGAAGAAAACGGUCAGUUAGCAAAAUAUGUGAAAAUGGUCACUUUAUUUAUUUUAAUCAUCUGUGAAUCUUGCUGAGAAGCAAACGUAUUGAAGUAAAAAACAUGCUGGGUAAGCUUUGUUUUUCGUAUUUAUUUCAAAUAAUUUUAUCCACUAAUUUAACAAGUUUACUAUUUAACUGUGAACAUUUGUCCAUGUCUGAUCUUUUUACUCUUAACCUUUUUAUCGUUAUCCCUUUUUAAAUGUGAGCAAACUAACGAACCAUUUUCAGCUCGAUGAAAUGUAUUUGCUUGUUUUAGGAAUGCCCAAGAUUGACGUUACUUGCUAUAUUAAUCAAUCUUCUGGGCUUCAGUCAGUAGUCACAUGUUUAGUGAUUUACAGUACUGCCCUCUGUCCAUUCUUUUAAUUUUGAUAAUAAAUCAAAGAUUAGCACUUUAAGUUGGAAUUCAGUUUCCCCCUCUGAUGCAUUCAUAGAGAAACGAUCAACCUCAGCGAUCAGUAGUCUUUGAGAGAUUUGGGUUUCGAGGACUCGGUGGCCUCAUGAGUAAAAGCUGUGCAUAAUUUUAAAUGGACUUAAAGUAGAGCUGACGAGUUUUACUGUAACUGAUGGAGACACACUGCAUGACAUCUAGCAUCUUGUGUCUUCUCUAGAAAACUGUCGGCAAAACAAAUGACAGUGUUGGCACCAUCACCCUCACACGGUUCAGCCUGUAACCCUCCUAGUGACAUCAGCCCUUUAAGAUUACCUGCAUUGUUCAGAUGCAUGUUAGAAUAUAAAUACUGAUGUAUUUGAACUAAUACUAAAUAGUGACCUCUGUUAGGAAUAAGCUUAAACUAAAUGAUUGUAUCAGACAUCCUGCAAAAUGACAUUGUGAUUCCAUUGAGAUUACUAACGAUGAAACACCCUUGUAGGUCCACCACAGCAUGCACGAUCUGCCGUUCACCUUCACAAAGGGCAGUUUGUCUGCAUGAGCCACACGUCAAAACAAAUAAUUCUCACUGGUUAGUUCCUUGACUGUGCAUUUGAUUACUUUUCUUCUUGAGGCUAGCUAGGCUGUGCAAGAAAGUGAAUUUGAGUUGAAGGGUUGCAUUGAACUUUUAAUACAAAGUACUGUAUGCCGUUGUUGUGCAUAAUGCUGGUCUGCAUUGCUCUCUAACUGUCUGUGAUAUGUAUAACGAUGUCAAAAUUUGUUUGACUGUUGUAUACAGGUACUAUUUUAUCAAUAAAAAAUCAGAACAUGA